CACAUCUACACCCAACUCAACCACACCCACCCACCCACUUAAAUCACUAAAACACCACGGAAAAAUGGCCUCCAACUCCAACCGCCUGCCCCAAGCCACCCGCGGCGGCGCCUCCCUCGAGCCCACGCCCGCCAACAACGCCGGCGGCGGCAGCGGCUGGGGCGACUCGGGCCACCCCAAGGGCGGUGUUUCUAGCGACGUCCUCACCGCCCCGGAAUUCCGCGACAUCAGCGACCAGAAGUCGGCGGCGGAGCAGAAGUUCCUGGGCCGGUUCGACGAGGGCCAGGGGUUGCAGGAGGGGACGUGCGCGACCGAGGACCACAGCUUCAUGGAGCGCAAGCCCGGCGGGUCCGGGACGCUGCCGGGCUGGGAGACGAUGAAGGAUAAGUUGGGUUUUCUCUACCCUGAGUGAAUCUUCUUCUUCUGAUUGAGGGUUGAGGGGGAGGUGUUGGCUUGGGCUGCCCGAUAGGGGUGGCGUUAUUUGUGUUCGCUGGGUUGUACUUUAGUGUUUGUUUUUCGGUGGGGUGUAUGGGAUUUAUUAGGGUUUAUGAUAUUAUGAAAUGGAAUGCAUG